AUGGACCCAAAGUUCGAUGACAAUAGUAAGCCUGACAAAGGAACGAUUUUCAAUUCCAAAACACGUGGAAAAUUUGAUAUAAUGUAUAAAACUGUAUUUGUAUUGGCCUUCUUGGGCUUAUGUAUGUUUUAUUUCGCACCAACUGACGCUGCUAAAGGACCAGCUGUCACCAAUAAAGUAUAUUUCGAUGUAGAGAUCGCAGGAGAGAAAGUCGGUAGAAUCGUUAUGGGUCUCUACGGUAAGACCGUUCCAAAGACUGUCGAGAACUUCAGAGCUUUGUGCACUGGUGAGAAGGGUGUAGGAAAGUCCGGUAAGGCUUUGCACUUCAAGGACAGCAAGUUCCAUCGUAUUAUCCCAGGUUUCAUGGCUCAAGGUGGUGAUUUCACUCGUGGUGACGGUACCGGUGGUGAAUCGAUCUACGGUAACAAGUUUGACGACGAAAACUUCAAGAUCAAGCACAGCAAGGGUGGUUUAUUGUCGAUGGCCAACGCCGGUCCAAACACAAAUGGUUCUCAAUUCUUCAUUACUUUCACUCCAACCUCAUGGUUAGAUGGUAGACACACUGUAUUCGGUGAAGUUCUCGAAGGAAUGGAUAUUGUUAAGCAAAUGGAAGCUGUAGGUUCACAAUCUGGUACCACUUCAAAGCCAGUUAGAAUCAUCGAUUCUGGUGAAUUACCAUUAUAA